GGGUGGGUCCUGUGACGUCAGCGAGUCCGAGCUGCCCGAGACAAGCCUGGGGCCGGGGGCACCGAGCGGGGAGAGCCCGGCCCCGAGAGCAGAGCCACGAGAGUAGAGCGGGCGGGAACCGGCCGGGAGCCGGAGCCCCUCAGGCACCUGCUCGACCGCGCAGCGGAUCGGCGCUCACGGAGUGGCGCGCAGGCCCCCGCCCGGGCCCAGUCCCUCCCGGGGCCCCCCCAUGGCCCGGGCCGCAGCCCUCCGGCCGUCGAGAUCGUCACCGACGCUGCCGCUCCUGUCGCUGCUGCUGCUGCUGCUCCGGGAAACCGGGGCCCAGGAUGUGCAAGUUCGAGUGCCACCCGAGGUGCGGGGCCACCUGGGGGGCACCGUGCAGCUGCCGUGCCACCUGCUGUCUCCAGGACCUGAAGUCCGAGUCUCGCAGGUGACGUGGCUGCACGUGGACGCAGCCGGGGUCAGCAAGAGCGUGGCCGCCUUCCACCCUUCCUACGGUCCCAGCUUCCGCGGCCCAAAGCCCGGCGAAGAGCGACUGUCCUUUGUCACUGCCGGGCAGAGCCCCGGGACCAGGCAAGGCACGGAAAUGGAGCUGCGGGAUGCCACGCUGGCCCUCCGGGGACUGACAGUGGAGGAUGAGGGCAACUAUACCUGCGAGUUUGCCACCUUCCCCAGUGGCACCAGUCGGGGGGUGACCUGGCUCAGAGCCAUAGCACAGCCCCAGAACCACGCCGAAACGCAGGAGGUCACGCUCAGCCUGGAACCUGUGCCCGUGGCCCGCUGUGUCUCCGAGGGGGGCCGCCCCCCCGCCCGAAUCUCCUGGUUCUCGCCCCUGGACGGGGAGGCCAAAGAGAGCCAGAUGGCAGGGCCCGUGCCCGGCACAGUCACCAUCACCAGCCGAUUCACCUUGGUACCCUUGAGCCGAGCAGAUGGUGUCAAGGUCACCUGCAAGGUGGAGCACGAGAGCUUUGAGGAGCCCAUCCUGCUGCCCAUCAUCCUCUCUGUACGCUACCCCCCUGAGGUCUCCAUCUCCGGCUACGAUGACAACUGGUACCUCGGCCGCAGCGAGGCCACCCUGAGCUGUGAUGUUCGCAGCAAACCGGAGCCCACGGGCUAUGACUGGAGCACGACAGCAGGCGUCUUCCCAGCUUCAGCAGUAGCCCAGGGCCCCCAGCUGAUCAUCCACUCAGUGGACAGACUGGUCAAUACCACGUUCAUCUGCACGGUCACCAACGCCGUGGGCACGGGUCGCGCUGAGCAGGUGGUCCUCGUGCGAGAGACCCCCAACACAGCAGGCGCGGGGGCCACGGGUGGCAUCAUUGGGGGCAUCAUUGCUGCCAUCAUUGCCACCGCUGUGGUCGCCACAGGCAUCCUCAUCUGCCGGCAGCAGCGGAAAGAGCAGAGGCUGCAGGGGGCAGAGGAGGAGGACGAUCUGGAGGGGCCUCCCUCAUACAAGCCACCAACCCCCAAGGCGAAGCUGGAGGAGCCUGAGAUGCCCUCCCAGCUCUUCACUCUUGGAGCCUCAGAGCACAGCCCACUCAAGACCCCCUACUUUGAUGCUGGCGUCUCGUGUGCUGAGCAGGAUAUGCCUCGAUAUCAUGAGCUGCCCACCUUGGAAGAGCGCUCGGGGCCCCUGCUCCUGGGGGCCACGGGCCUGGGGUCCCCCAUCCUGGUGCCUCCAGGGCCACCUGUUGUGGAGGGGGUUUCCCUGGACUUAGAGGAUGAGGAAGAGGAGGAGGAAGACUAUCUAGAUAAGAUCAACCCCAUCUAUGAUGCCCUGUCCUACUCCAGCCCCUCUGAUUCCUACCAGAGCAAAGGCUUUGUCAUGUCCCGAGCCAUGUAUGUGUGAGCUGCCAUGGCCCUGGCCUCUCACCUCUCACUUUUUGAUCCCUCCACUCUCUGCCCGGGAUCUAGUGCCCCCUGACCUCUGGCCAGGCCACGGUCAGUUAACACACAAAAAUGCAUCUCGUCUGUGACUUCUGCCUUGGUGGCUCCACUAUGAUCUCUAAUCCAUGAUCUCUGACCCAGAGAAACCGGCCAUGACAACAGAAACCUGGUAACCUUAUCUCACAUGGGGGCGGGGGAGUAUGUUCCUGCACAACCUCUGACCCAAGGACUCCUAAGACUGUGACCUUAGAUCAUACCUCUCAUGUCCCAUCAUCUCCGGACUCCCCCAAAAUCCCAGAGAAGAUCCCAGACCUCCGAGUUGUCCUCAGGCAGUAAAAUCCCAAUAGUUCUGCUGGGGUAGGUGUUGGGGGUACCCUGCUGCUCAGACCUGAGCCCUCCAGGCAGCAGAGCCCCACUCACCCCUCCCCACCCUGUCUGUUCCCCAAAGACAAGAGGAAAGGGAUUCCCCAGCCCAAGGCUUCCCCAUCUCCUCCCUCCUGCAGGCAGGAGUCUCAGGGUCCAGACCCUUCCCUGAGCCCCCACUACCCCAAUUCCUGUCUACAGGGAAUUAAGCCCCAGCCCAGGACUAGAUGGGGUAAGCCUCAUGCAGUGUGCCUUUCCGGCCCCAGCCUUGGAAGAAUUUGCUGUUACUUUGAAGCUACUGAGUCCUUUUACUCCUGCCCAGUGGGAUGGGACCCAAACAUCUCCCAGCGGGGGGGGGGGGGGGGGGGGGGGGAUGUUGGAGGCUGGGGAUAUAAUACUGUUUUUGUAAUACAGCAUUUCCUACAAAAUCUGAGUUUAUACUUUGA